AUGCAUAAAAAAACCGUAGACUCUGAACGAAAUUUGUUGAUCGAGUCAGUAGACAAUUAUAACAGCACGGAAACUGUUCAAUCAAAUAAUGAACGUAUAUAUUUAACAUGGGAAAAUAUAUCAGCUCACGUCGAUGUCAAAGCAUUGGCACCAUCGUCACCAGGAUUUAGUGGAACAUUAAAGAAGCAUCUCGGCUUGAAUUAUAUGCAAACAAAAAAGCAAUUACUAUAUAAUCUAUCCGGUUAUGCUAUACCGGGUAACAUCCUGGCUAUUCUUGGCUCAUCAGGCGCAGGUUCGGCGAUGUUACGUAUGAAAUCGACGAUAAGUGAUUCUGAUCGUUACACUCGUGUUCAAGAAGUCAUAGCAACAUUAGAUUUAGAACGAUGUCAAAACACAAUUAUCGGUAUACCCGGUAAACUGAAGGGUAUCAGCGGUGGUGAAUUGAAACGUUUGACAUUUGCUAGUGUCAUUUUGAAUGAUCCACAACUAUUGAUUAUUGAUGAACCAACAUCGGGUCUCGAUUCUCACUUGGCCAAAUCCAUUGUUUAUACGAUAAAGAAGUUGGCUCUUAGCGGUAAAACCAUCAUCACCGUCAUACAUCAACCAACAUCGGAAAUUUAUUCGUUAAUCGAUAGUAUUUGUCUGUUAGUGGGUGGUAAACAAGCUUAUUUUGGUGUGCGCGAUAGUGCCAUAGAUAUGUUUUCCUCAUUGGGACGACAGUGUCCAAAUAAUUACAAUCCAGCUGAAUAUUAUUUGACACAAUUAGCGUCCGCAACAUCGAGUAACGGGAAUAGUAAACAAGACAACAGUGAAUUUAUUGUCAAAUGCGUCGAAACAUUUCAACAGUCAACAUACAAUCAAUUACUAAUGGAAACAAUCACUGACAUUAAACAAAUAUCCUACAAUGAACUGUCAUUUGCAGUGAAAUACAAUGAAUUUAUUUCAUCGGAAUCACAAAAAGAAUCAGAAUUAGAUUAUGAAUCGAAUUUUUUUCGACAAAUGAAAUGGUUAUUAUGGCGAGCGUUCAAGUCGGGUGCGCGUGAUCCCGUUCGCACAACAAAUUUACUAUCAAAAUUGGUCAUUGUAGCUAUUAUAUAUGGUCUGCUGUAUUUUCAAAUAACUAAAACGCAAGAAGGUGUUCAAAACAUGAAUGCGUUAUCGUUAAAUAUAAUUAAUAGUGCGAUACGUGCAUGUACACUGGUUGUCGUUUUGACAAUACCUCUUGAUUGUAGACAAGUAUUUCGCGAUUAUCGCCGUCGUCUAUACAGUGUUCAUGCCUAUUAUAUCUGUAAGGUUAUAACAGACUUACCAUACUUUAUUAUUAUGUCAUGGGUAUUCGUGACAAUUGUCUAUUUUAUGACACAUAUGAGAAAUUAUUUUCUGCUUAGCGCUGUCAUUAUUAUAUUAACGAUAUCAGGAACAGCAUUUGCAUCUGUUGUUGCCGCAUUGUCGUCAACUGUUGAAACUGCUUUAUUAUACGUCCUACCAAGUCAACAAGUGUUUCUUCAUGUAAGCGGCUUUUUUAUAAAUAAUGCAUCGAUACCAUCCUAUGUAUUGUGGCUUCAAUUUAUAUCAAUCUACUAUUAUGGUUAUAGUCUUGUACUCAUUUUACAAUGGGCCAACGUGUCUCAUAUUAAGUGUGAUUCAAGUGGACCGUGUUUUCGUAAUGGUACGCAAAUAUUAAGAUACAAUGAUAUACCACCGCACCACUUUACUUUUUACCUCUAUAUGUUAUUUGUAUUAAUUCUUACUUUUCACGGGUUAGCUUAUCUUAUUAUCUUGUUUAGAACGAAAAGGCGCUCAUAAUUUGAUUUUAAUAUUCUGUGGAGGGAAAUCCGUUUAGAUUCGUUUUUCACACAAAAAAUGUUGCUUGAAUUAAAUUGAAAGUACAAAAUGAAGUUAGCGUUGUCUCUUGACUCGUUUGGCAAAAGUUUACAAGAAAACCUUAUUCAAAUCAAUUUUUAAAAGAUCACUUCAUCAGAUUUAUUUUUGGAAAAUAAUAAAUACACUAAAAUAUAGUUCUUUCGUAAAAUUUACUUAGAUGUAUUCAUAGUCCAAAAUCGAUUCAUUCAUUUAGAAAUAGAUGUUUAUUUACUUUUGAUCUUUGAAAAGAAGGCUGAAAAGCAAGGUUGUUCCUGUGAUAUAUGAAAAAAAGGUACUAUACAUGCACUAUUCAAGUGUGGUGAUCAUCAAAUUGGUGAUAACUAUCGACCAAUCAAUCUUAAAGGUGUUAGGAAUAGCUGUAGAAAAGUAUGUUUACUAGCAUUCAUUUAAAAGCAACUUUUUGUCCUAUGCUGGUUUUGAAACAAGAAUUUGAUCAUCGCAGAACGAAUUGAAAUUGAAAAAACAUUGCUUUAUGCAUAUAAGUAUAACUAGAGCAGUAUUUUUUGAUAUGACCAAAGCGUUUUAUAAGGUAUGGGGCUUGUCAACUGAGGGGAACAUAUCCGGCUAGUGAAACUGCCUUGUUGCACCGCCCUAUAGUGGUAACGGUAACCGUACGGUACGGUAUUCUUCCACUUAUUCUUCAAAGACAUCAAGAUAUUCGAAGAAGCCCUAGCCACCCAGCCAAGCCACGAAAGGCAAGUCACCAAGACUCUCAUUGAUUGUCUCUCUUUGUCGAUUUGUGGCCACACUAUCGCCUAAAAAGAAGAAUGAACACGACUAGAAGUCUAUUCGAACGUCGGUAAAUAUCGAAUAUCAUCCACGGCCG